AUGCCCCGUUCAUAUUCGUCCGACCAUGAUGCAGAGUCUGGCUAUGCCAGUGGUAGUUCGAGUGCCAGUCUUCCAGAGGUUUAUUUCUCUCGUCCACACUUGAAAUUCAUCAACCAGCAAUUGCAAAACCUCGAGCCUCAAGGUAUGUACCCAUGUUAUGCCAGCCAAGGACUUUCCCUUCUGACUUUUAUAGAUAUUCUAAAAUGGUGCAUCAUGACUCUGCCUCGUCUUUUCCAGACCACUGCUUUUGGACUUACUGGACUUGCAAUCAACGACAUGGUAUCCAAGCUUGAUAGCCCCAUCAAGCCCAACAUCGACUUGAUCUAUCUGGAUACCCUACACGCAUUCAAGGAGACCUACGAGCUUGUGCAAGCCGUCAAGGAUAGAUACNCUAGCCUUACCAUCCACACCUACAAGCCCGAGGGCUGCGAGAAUGUAGAGGACUUCAAGCGCAAGCACGGCGAGAAGCUGUGGGAGACCAACGAGGAACUCUACGACUAUGUGGCCAAGGUCGAGCCUGCUCAACGUUCUUAUGCUGAGUUGGGAGUUGCUGCUGUCAUCACUGGCCGUCGCCGUAGCCAAGGAGGCAAGCGUGGAGACCUCGACAUUGUUGAACUCGACGAUGCAGGCAUGAUCAAGAUCAACCCUCUGGCAAACUGGUCUUUCCAACAAGUCAAUGACUACAUCAAGGAGAACAAUGUCCCCGUCAAUGCUCUUAUGUCUCAAGGCUACCGUUCGAUUGGUGACUGGCACUCUACCCAGCCUGUCAAGGAAGGCGAGGACGAGAGAGCCGGUCGCUGGAAGGGCCGUGCCAAGACAGAGUGCGGCAUUCACAACAAGAAGAGCCGCUACGCCAUGUUCUUGCAAGAGCAGGAGCAAAAGCGUCAAGAUGAGCUUAGCCAGGCUAUCAACUCGGGGCUGAACAUUGAGCAAGUCGUCUAG